AGCCUCCUCUUGCGUCACAGAUAUUGCUCAGCAGAAGAGAGGCUACACGAAACUUGUGGCUGCAGAUGUGUAGCCCGGGAUUAUCCGACAACACACGGACUGCACCUCUGUCGUAGGCUCUGUAGGCGUCCAUGCUUUUCUGACGCCCACUUACAUAAUUAACGCUGAUGUUACAGGCUGCUUCUCGAUAACAGAUAACAACUAGAGAUGGAAAACACAGAGCGUCAUGAAAGAGUUUGACACUGUGGGUGGUGAGAAUGAUGGAAACUGUGGAGAAACCGAAGGGGAGGUGCCAAUGAGGCGUAGUUUCUCGGUUGAAGACCUUCUCGAUGAGGUGGAGAAGAUCUGUUACGAUGCCUCAGGGACGUCAAAGGUGGAGAUGGUGGUGCGGCUGUGGAAGGAUGGCUUCACUGUAAACGAUGAAGAGUUUCGCAGCUACUCCAUACCAGAGAAUCAAGACUUCCUGGAUGCCAUCAAAAGAGGGGAGCUCCCGGCAGAAUGGGAGAGCAGAGCAGAGGAGGAGGAGCUGGAAAUCAGUGUGGAGGAUCUGACUGAGGAGAAUUAUGUUCCCAAGAAAAAGGCCUUUCACCCCUUCAGCGGCAGAGGUUACAGACUUGGCAGUGUUGCACCCAGAGUUGUGGCCAGGUCACCAUCUGUGCAUGAGGAUGGAGAAUCUCUUCCUAUUCCCAUGGUAACACUAGACCACGCCCUUCCUGUCACCUCCCUGCAGAUCUGGUUGGCCGACGGCAGGAGACUGGUGCAGAGGUUUAACCUAUCACAUCGGAUCACUGACGUCCAAGAUUUUGUUGCACGCUCUCAGAGGAGCUGCCCACCGUUUGUGCUGACGACAUCGCUCCCUUUCCGAGAGCUCAACAACAAAGAUCUUAGUUUGGAGGAGGCGGAUUUGGCGAAUGCUGUCAUUGUCCAAAGACCCCUGAACACACAAGCUCCGUUUGGACACUCCUGACUAAAAGAGCCCCAUAAUCCAUGCAUCACAUCACAUACAUACUCACGGUCACCUUACCAUGAAUGACCCAGAUGGCAGUCUAAAGGCCUCUUAUAACUUAAUAAUCCUUUGUUUAUUCUGCAGUUUGUGCAGCAUUUCAUGAUUGUCAUUUGCCUCUUUAGUAUUUAAAUCUCAAUGGGAGAUUAUCUGCAGUCUGAUGGAGAUGUUGUCUGUUUGGGUGCUGCAACAAUGAUGCUGUUGUUAAUGCUUAAUUUGUCCCUUUCCUCUGGAGAACAGUAUUUACCUGCCAAGAUGUCUCCCUUAACCCCCAAACUUCAGAAAAAAACAGUCAAGAAAAACAAUUCUGUCACCCUUGCAGAUGGUAAAUCAUGUAUGCCCAUCUGUUUGUCUACCGCAUGCAUUCCCCCCUCACACACCACCAGCACCACCACCCAACUCUCCAAAGUCUUCCCAAACUGUGAUCACCAGUUCUCCUGCACUAUUUAUAGCAACAAAAUAAGGGUUUUUAUCUCUAUGUUUACAGUUAUUUUAAGUGAAAAACAUGUUUUGUUUGCACGUUUUUAUGGUUUAAAAAGAGGGAAGAUGUCUGCUUGUUAUUUAUGCUGGCCUUGCUGUUAAGGUCUAUCCAUUCUUUUGCCUUAUUUUGCAUCUAUUGUGAACAUUUGCCUUAAUUCAGAAUGUAAUGUUUUAUUUGAGUGCAUCUGUGGAAUACUAUGGAAGCCUAAACGGACAUGCAUACAUAUAUUUUCUUUGGUUAUCAGAAUUCAGAAUGAGUUAAUCGAGAUUUUGACUUAUUUAUGUUGUUGUCUUGAGACAGAAAUGCCACCUUGAUGAUCAGUUUAUUCCCUGAGAUACUGAUAAAAUGAAAAAGAAACACAUUUAAAAAUAGCUUUGUUAUCCUCAGAUACUGAUACUAGACAAGUCAAGAUCUUCUGUAAAGUAAACCAAAGUUUAAUCAUUAUCACAGAGAAACAGAGUAAAAUAAGAUAUGCAUAUGCGUGUCCCCUUUGGGCUUCCGUAGAGACAUAUCACAAUUGAGAAACAAUAAAAAAAUUCUCC